AUGGGAGACUCAGCCUCUUCAAGAACACCGGGUCCUCCCUACGUCGCCUCGCGGGCGCAGCAAGGAAACAUGUCAGUACGGGCGACUAUCGUGCUGACGGACAGCGAGUCUGACGCAGAUGAGCUACCUUAUCAUCCCCAGGCGCCGUCGACGCCGUCGACUGGGCGAACGGCCAAGAGCGCAUCCGAUCUUUCUACUAUUCAGGCCAAUUUGUCCUCCUUAACUCCUCGCAAGGCCGACAAAGUCGAGAUACCGCCCACCCCAAUACCAUCCUCGAAGAUGCCAAUAGCGCAAGCUUCCGCUACUGUCAGUGCAAGAUCGCGGCCACCAGGCCCAUCAACAACCAGCACCCUCGAAGUUUCCGAUGAGGACAACGAUUGGUCUUGGCCAAAACCUGCGACGAAGAGUGCAGGUAAAAAGACCUACAAGCCUCUGCCUCGAAGACCGAUAGCACCUGCGUCUUCGGCUCCCACACUUUCCGCACCGACAUCAGCGUCCCCCUGCGUGCCCUCGUCGCAAGCCUGCUCUACGUCCACAACCCCAGAACAUUCCUUCAAACCAAAUACACCAGUGAUGUCCAAAUCGAACGCGAUUAGAUCUACAACUGCGCAGGCUGCUUCGCCAGGUGCUCUUCGUGGAAAAUUAUUUCGAACGCUCGAAACAAGGAUUGACUCUGACGCGGACGAAGAUCCGUCUUGUCCAUCACCGUCGAGGAAGUCGGCCCCGAAGACCACCUCAUCUUCAUCGACAAGUACUCCAUCGGCGCCUUCGACUUCCUCGGCAUCAUCGAUCUCUACGACUCUGAUCGACACGCCCAUUUCAACGUCUGCAACUGACGUGGACAUCCAGGACACGACGUGUCCAGAAACUGAUAUGGGUGCCUCGAAAGUUUCAAAGCAUAUUUGGGAUUUCCUAGAUGAUAGCGUCCCCACAUAUACUAUUGCUUACGACGAGGAGGUACACGCCCUAGUUCAAAAGCACCGUUUAUCUUUUGGUGUUCAGUACGAGCUUGCCAGAGGCGUCGUUUCAGGUCGGUGGACAUGGGACGAGGUUAAGUCAAAGCUAGCAGAAGAGAGAGAAGUAGAGGUUGAUAGGAACGGGAGGACGGUAGUUUGGUCUAUCGACCCACUUCGGCCUCUAAAUCACCAAAAGGCAAAGAGGAAAGGUGUUUCUCUACUCGAGGGUGAUAACGUCGACGUUGCGUGGCGAGUGGGGGAGAUCAUGAAGGGCAAUCAGAAGAGGAAGCCUGAUCUCGAGCUCUGGCGUGAGUUAGAUAGAGAGGAGAAAGCAAUGCAGGAGGGGAAGGGGCGUGGCCUUGGUCUGAUGGGUGAUUGGGACUCGUGUCCUAACUGGUACGGCGGACGCGUCCAACUCGUUUUCCGCCUACAUAAAGCUACCGAAGGGUUUAAAAUUCUCGUCGAACCGCUGGAAAGUAGACGAUCUCAUUACUUCUCGAGGAUGCUUGGCUCGAAACGCCUAGCUCAAAUCCGAAUCCCUGAUGACUACCUCCUCAAGGACAUCAAGGCAGUGAGGGCGUUUCUGAGACAGCGCUUUAUCUUUAUGGGCGCCGUGUACCUCCCAUAUCAUGCAAAAGACGGCAACAGUGUCUACUGCAUUGACACAAGUGUUGGUGGAGAUGGUCUCGAUAGUCUUGGUUCUGUUUGUGAGUGGCAUAAUCCUAUCGAGUUGAACUACCGACAGCCAAUCGCGAAAUACUCCACCCGAAACACGCUUGGCUUCUCCAACUCUGUCCCAGUUUUGGAAUUUGCCGAAGAAGACAUAGACUUCGACAUUCCCGAUCUACUAGCCACGGAGGGGUUGAGGCCGGGUGUUGAACCGUUAUCCCAUCAGUUGAUGACUGACGGCUGUGGAUUCAUGAAUCGCGCUGCGCUCCUGACGCUGAGAGCAACGAUGGGCCUGGAAUCUCCUCCAAGUCUCGUACAAGGUCGUAUUGCGGGUGCUAAGGGCGUAUGGGCCCUUCAUCCCAAGGACACUUGUUCCCGACCACGAAUUUGGAUUCGUCCUUCUCAAAAUAAGAUCAAGCUUCCUCGACCCUUGGAUCGGGCGCACCGUAUUUUCAACCUCCUUCGCACCUCCCGAAAAUCUAUGCCUUGCUCACUCUCUACACAAAUUAUCCUGAAUCUAUCGUAUAACGGCGUCCCACAUGAAACGCUUGUUGAUAAGUUAGGAGAAGGUCUGCGCAUGGAACUUCGGCCGCUGAUGGAUUGGACGCAACCGCGGGCGAUGGAGCACCUUUGGCACGCCGUCAUGCGAUUGGGGCACGUCGGAUUGAACAGGGCAGCACGGGUUGCCAGAGUGGAGAGUCGUGCAUUGGGGCUGGCUGGUCGUGACCGGGGCGAGGUCGAGAUUGAAGCAGAGGAUGUCGUCGAAGACAUUGACGAUGUCGAUGAGCCCACGAAACACGCCUACGCUGGCCGAGAUACGUGGAGUGGUCUCCCCGUUGAGGCCCAUGAGACGAUUAUAGAAGCUGUUCAAGCUGGAUUCAAACCCAACGAAUCCCGAUUCCUCUACGAAAAGCUUCACAGUGUUUUCAAGUUUGCGAUUGAUGAUGCAACAAGAAAUUAUCGUCUCCCAGUCAUGCAGUCUACCACAGCCAUCAUGAUUCCCGAUCCCAAGGGUGUUUUGAGAGAAGGUGAAGUGUACUACAAGCCCUCAAGUCCAUUUCGACACCCCAUCACAGGAGAACUUCUACACAUAUUGAAGGGCGAUAUAUUGGUAGGUUCUCUGUAUCGAAAGAAUCAUUACAAUUCACCCAUGGACAACAAUGGCACACAGAUUGGUAGAUAUCCAAUGCGUCUAGCAUCAGAUGUCCAGAAGGUGAAAGCUGUCGAAGUUCAUGAACUCCAAAACUACGUCGAUGUCCUUAUAUUACCUACUACCGGGUCACGAUCGCUAGCGAGUGUCCUAUCUGGCGGUGAUUAUGACGGCGACGAAGAUAUCAUCAUCUGGGACCCAGACAUCGUCGGGCCGUUCCGUAAUCAUGAAGUCGUUGAUGAGCCCGAAGGCUUCCUGACCGACCACUUCAAGAAGCAAGUUGAGAAAGUCCCUGAAUUCUGUUCUAGGCUGUACGCCGUACCCAAAACAGAGGCCCAGCGCUGCAUUUUUGAUAUCUUACUCUUGAAUGUAUGCGAUUCCAAGGUUGGCUUGUAUUCGAAGUUCCAUGAUUGUGCCGUCUGGCAAUACGGGCUCAAUCAUCCCAAGGCCGUUUUGAUGGCAUACAUAUUCAACACAGUGCUGGAUGCGCCGAAGACUGGAUUACAAGUCAUGAAACGAUCUUUCAUUCAGCACCAAAGCCAAUUCAACCACACAACACCUUGGGACCCCCCUUCUGACGAGCCUAGCCCACCUCCGCGAAAAGCUCAAGGGGCUUUUGUGCUCCACGAUUUAAGGGAUGCUGGUCAAGAACUCAAAGAUCAAUACCUUGAAGAAUUCGAACAUUUCCCAACUGAGCAUGAUGCAAAAUUGAGUAACAUACGUGAUGCGUCUUUGCUGGAGACCUACAGAAGUGCUCGAAGGGUUGCAUCGAUGUUACCAAGGUCAUUUCCCGCCUUUCGCGACGAGCUCGACGCUCUUGACGAGCAUGUCAAGCGGCACAUCGAACUCUAUAGCACCGACACCUUCAACGAAAUGAAGAGAUCACCCUACGAGGGCGACGACAAGAAAAGGAAGGGGAAAGACAAGGGCUCCAGCGGCGACGAGGCUCGAUUAGCUCGACUGGUCAAGUCGUUUUAUACAACCAUGCCAGAGUCGAGAUUCACUCCUCGUCCUGAAUCCGUCGCUGCAUCGUUUGCAUAUCAACUACAUCCUCGAUUCGCCUUUACCGUUGCUUUCAAGACGUUGGCCACACUUAAGGCACUCGCUGCAGAGGGCGGUAUUGCGCCAUGUACUAGGAGCUUUGACGAAGGCAGGGUGAUGUCGGCUUCGUUUCUUCGGGCCAUUCAGAAUGGUGAUGAUGACGACUAG